UUUAAUGAAUGUUUGUCCAACUUUCUAUAAAUCAUCACUCUUUCUAUAUAUUGUAUCAUUAUAGGAAAGGGCCGCAAUUCUUCGGUGCCAACCGAAGUGGCCAUAGCAGCAGUGGUAGCAGUUAUGGCAGCAGCGGUGAUGUUGUUCAGGACAUCAAAGACCACAAUAGUAAUUGCAAUUGUGGUUGGUUUGCUGUUGCUCCUCGGGGCUUAUUGGUGGAGUGGCCACAAUACUGGUACAUAUGUCGAGCCACAAUAUUCAGGAGCAAGAAUAGAGGGGGAUGUUGUUACUUUGGAUUUUGUGAAAAAAAUGAUGGAAGAUUUCAAGAACCAGAAGUUCUUACAUAAACGGUAUGCAUUCCAGAUUGUAUUGCAAACAAGAGAAAUUUUGCAAUCUUUGCCUUCUCUUGUUGACAUACAUGUUCCUAAUGGCAAACGUUUUACUGUUUGUGGUGAUGUGCAUGGUCAGUUCUAUGAUCUUUUGAAUAUUUUUGAGCUUAAUGGACUUCCUUCAGAAGAGAAUCCGUAUCUAUUUAACGGUGACUUUGUGGAUAGGGGAUCUUUUUCAUUGGAAGUUAUCCUGACCUUGUUUGCAUUUAAGUGCCUGUCUCCAUCAGGUAAAGCCUAGAUUUUUGAGUUAGUU